CCCCGGUCAGACCGAAAGAGAAAAGAAAAACUGUCAGCAAAAGAACCCUCUUCUCCUUUCCUGUCUCUGCCUCUCUCUCUGUCUCCCUUCUCUGACUGUCCCAUCAUUGGCCUCAUGCUGUUAGACAGUCUUGUGUUUGUUAUACCUAACCCUGGCUUGGAGGACCGGUAGCUGGACCUGUGUGGUGAUUUAUUCUGGACUAUCUCUGAUCUGCCUGGGCCAUUGGGUGCCUCUCUGUGUCUGCAGUCAGCCAUGAGCCGUUGCUGUUUAGUGAAGGUGAUCUCCCUCACGGAGAUACAACUGCUGCCGGUGCAGAACCACCUAGAGAACCCAAAGUACCACUUCCACCAGGCUCAGGCCCAGCAGGUGAAGCAGUACCUGACCCUGAGCUCUAAGCUUGCCGGCCAAGCCCACCCAGGUCCCCACCCCCACGCCGGGCAGCCGCUGGGGGCCGCGCCAGUAAUGCGCAAUGGGCACAUGCCCCAGGAAGGAGACGGCAGCACCCAGGGCAGCCCUGUCACCCUGCAUUCCCUGGCAACCAGUAACCAUGACAGCGAGUUUCCAAUGGAUGAAGUUAUUGAUGACUUAAUUAGCCUUGAAUCCGGUUUCAAUGAUGGGGGCUUGGAUUGCAUGGAGUCUAACAUCCUAAUGCAAAGCAAUGUGUCCUUGAACGGCGGGAUGCUGGACAUGUACGACGUUAUGCCAGGUAUGCCUGCCCCUCAUGGUGGACUGACAACCCUCUCAUGCCCCACAAAGAUCACUGUUAAGAGAGAGGUCACAGAGAACGACACCAGAGUUAUGGCCAAAGAGCGACAGAAAAAAAACAAUCACAAUCUGAUUGAGCGGAGGAGAAGGUACAACAUCAACUACAGAAUCAAAGAGCUGGGAACCCUCAUACCAAAGUCUAAUGACCCUGACAUGCGCUGGAACAAAGGCACCAUCCUGAAGGCCUCGGUGGAGUACAUCAAGUGGCUGCAGAAAGAGCAGCAACAUGCCCGAGAGCUGGAGAGCCGACAGAAGAAGCUGGAACAGGCAAACCGCAGACUGCUGCUCAGGAUCCAGGAGCUGGAGAUCCAGGCGCGGGCUCACGGUCUGCCCAGCAUGGCCACCACCCUGGGGUCAGUAGAGCUCUCCACCCACCUCCUUAAACAGCAGCAGGGACCCCAGCCACCACAGCAGCCGCCUCUCUACCCCGAGGAGCUCAACGGCGGGGGGGAGUACCUGCCCCGCACCCCGAUCGCAGGACCCCAACCUGGUGGCGGCGCUGCCGUGGCAACGACUGGGGUGCCUCUCGGGCCCAACGGAGGGGCUGCAGGUGGCAUGCGUUCGUCGUCAUCACCGUUAGGGGCGACAGCUGGGGAGCCCGGCGACGGCUCGACGACCUUCAUGGACCCCCUGUCCCACUUCACGGACUUCUUCAGCGCCACGCUGAAGGAGGAGCACCGGCUGGAGGAGAUGCUGAUGGACGACCCGCUCUCGCCAUUCGGCACCGACCCGCUUCUGUCCGCUGUCUCGCCCGAUGCCUCCAAGGGCUCCAGCCGCCGCUCCAGCUUCAGCACAGACGACGACGACCUCUGAUGUCCCAGUCACCUUUCACCCUCCUGACCUCUGACCCUGCCAGUCCGACAUGCUCCCAACAACAACAACAACAACAGACAAAAAAGACAUUUGGGCUCCAUGCAAGUCUGACACCCAGUACCCUUAUCUCCUGAACUCCUUUCCUGUCCGUGAAGAGUGGAGAGAGACAGAGAACGCAGCUCCUUCUUCCUCCUCCCAGAUCUUACCACCAUUCAUUCAUUAACUUAUUAAGAGAGAAAAAGGGAGCCAAUGAUAGUGGGAGGUACUGACAUAACUCUGCUGAGAACACUGUACAGCCUGUGUCACAACUGAACUGAACUGAAUAACUCUUUUACUGUAUGCAGUUCUUACACUGACCACGUCUGCUCUCUGCGCCGUGCAGAAGAGAUGUGUUUUAAACGUGCUUUAUUGACGUUUAUGAGGUGAAGAUGGCCGACGUUGCCUUAAUCAACCGCUUUGUAAAAAAAAAGUGGAAAAAGCAAUGCAAAUAUAAUCGUACUAGCUAAAUACUUAACAAACCCUUCUAUUGUCUUGUAUUAAGUGUAUUUUUUAAGAAAAGAUAUAUGUGUGUAUUUAUAUGUUUUAAUCCAUGUAUUCUUGAAAACAAUAUUUCUUACACCAUCUAACAUGAUACCUUUUUUAUUCUUGUUUUGGGGGGGUGGGGAAAAGAGAAAUAAACACCUUUUUAUUUUCAAUGAAA